AUCAUUGAUUCUUCUGUAUCUGGACCAAUUCGACGACAAUCAACCAUGGAAGCUCAAUUGAAAGCUCUGGAAGGGAGGUUCGCAGGCAUGGACGAGAGGAUUAACGUGCAAGAUAGAAAAAUGGAUCAGAUAAUGACAAUCCUGAAGAAUUUGGAGAAUAGAGCAGGUAAGGAUAAAGAGGGCAGUCCUGCGCACGGAGGAGAUGGAGGCUAUUCACACGCAAGGACACUCAAUUUCAAUCCAAAACUGGAGUUUCCCAAAUUCGAUGGAAGCAACACAAGAACUUGGAUUAAGAAGGCCUGUAAGUACUUUUCUCUCUGUAAGAUUCCGGAAGAUCAGUGGGUUGACAUUGCUAGUUUACAUAUGGUGGAUAAGGCUGAAAACUGGGUGACUAGCUACUUGUCUUUUAGAAAGUUUGUUGCUUGGCAUGAGUUUAUCAUGGAUGUAAAUGCAAGGUUCAGGGAUGAUAAGGGGGAAAACGUUGUGGAGCAAUUUAAAAAGUUGGAACAAAAAGGAUCUCUUGAGUCAUAUGUUGAUGAGUUUGAAGAUUUAAGAUCCAUUUUGGUCCAGCAUAGCCACUACCUUCCUGAUUCAUUUAUCUUGGAUUCAUUUGUUGGAGGUUUGAAGCCUGCUGUUAAAUUGUUUGUUAGAGCUUUUAAGCCUACGAGUAUAGCUGAGGCUAUUACCUUUGCUAGGCUUAAAGAGGAGUCACUGGAAGUGGAAGGGACGAAAAUCUCUAAAUUUAGCCAUUAUACCAAUUCAGCAAAACCUCCUAUUCUGCCUACUCCUCAGAUGAAACCAUAUACUCAACAGAAGUUUAAUCUUACAAAUCAGACUGCACCUAAUAAAAACUUUAAGUACAUACCUGCUGAUGUGAGGGCGGAGAAAAUAGCUAAAGGACUAUGCUAUUAUUGUGAUAAGCCCUAUGAGAGGGGGCAUAAGUGCAGUUUUAAGGAACACCAACUAUUCACUGUUGAGGUACCUGCUGAGUUGCCCAAUCAGACUGAGGUGGAGGAAGAACUGGUAGAAAGUCCAGAAAGUCAAUAUGAAUUGAGUGAGAAGGGUGAAGGCUCAGAAGCUUGCAUCUCUGUACAAGCUUUAACGGGGGGCCAGAGUUACCAAACCAUGAGAGUAGUAGGCAUGGUAAACAAAAAGGCCAUUCAUAUAUUGAUUGAUUCGGAUAGCACUCAUAAUUUUCUGGACCUUGACACCGCUAAAAACUUGGGGUGUAGCAUUGAAGAAGUACCUACACAAGCAGUGACUGUUGCAGAUGGUAAUAAGAAAACCUGUCAGCAUGCCUCUAACCAAUUCAUAUGGAAGAUGCAAGAUAAGGAGUUUGUUACAGAUGUGCUGCUAAUUCCCUUGGGCAGCUGUGAUAUGUCCUUUGUACUCAGGGGCUUGGUGAAUAAGAAAAUGAAGAUUGUGAAAGGAACUCCAACGUCAAAGCUAUUUCAUAAUUCAAUACAGUUUUGUUUGCUGCAACUAACGAAGGAAGAAGUAGAACAACCCACUCUGGUGAUACAAUGCUUGGAAGGCACAUUACCUACUGCGGUCCACAUCCCAGCAUGGUUCCAGGGGCAACAUGCUAGUAAACACCCUACUCCAGCAGCAAUUUUAGACAGAAGGAUCCAGAAGGUGCAGAAUAAGGCUCAGGUGCAGUACUUGGUCCAGUGGGAAGGAUAUAGUGAUCUGGAAGCUACUUGGGAGCCAGCUGCAGAGUUCCAAGCUAGAUAUCCAACAUUUGCAGCUUCAGCACAGACUUGAGGACAAGUCUUUUUGAAGGAGGAGGCAUUGUUAUAGCUAGCUGACGUGGAGGUCUUGGUCAACGUGAUGACUAAGAGCGGUUAGGGUGGUUAGUUA